AUGCAAUUUUUAUAUCUUAGCGAAAAUAGGUUUACUGGUGAAAUACCCAAAGAGAUAAGAAAUCUCAUUAAAUUGGAGGAACUUCUUCUUGAGAUAAAUAGUUUUAGUGGUUCACUUCCAAUGGAGAUCUUCAACAUAUCAGGCCUGAAAGUAAUUUCUCUUACAAGCAAUAAUCUAUCAGGAACCUUCCCAACAAACAUGUGUUCUAUCUUACCCAACAUUGAAAAGCUUUUUCUGAACAACUUAGCCAAUAUUGAUGGGACUAUUCCUCAUUCAAUCUCCAAUUGUUCAAAACUUACUCAUCUAGAACUUUCAGAAAACAAACUUACGGGAUUGAUUCCCAACUCACUUGGAUAUUUGACCCAUCUACAGUUCCUAAACUUUGAGGAAAACAAUUUAAACAGUGACUCAUCAUUAAGCUUCCUGACUUCCUUAACCAAUUGCAGAAAUUUAACAUUUCUUGAUGUAUCUUUCAACCCUCUAAACGGCAUGCUUCCAAUCUCUGUAGGGAAUCUUUCCACGUCUCUUAUAAAGUUUUACAUCGGGCGUUGCAAAAUAAAAGGGCGAAUUUCAAAUGAAGUUGCAAACUUAAGCAACUUAAUAGACUUUGACCUUUCUGAAAACAACUUGGUUGAAUGGAUUCCCACAUCAAUUGGCAACUUGAGAAACCUGCAGGGCUUGUACUUGAGUAAUAACAAACUUACAGGAUCUAUCGGAGAUGAUAUAUGUAAAUUGCAGCACUUGGAUGUCAUAGACAUGACUCAAAAUCAAUUUUCAGGUUCUCUUCCUAAUUGUUUAGGAAACAUUACUUCCCUUGGAGAGAUACAUCUGGGUUCCAAUAUAUUGAGUUCCAAUAUACCACCAAGCUUAGGGAACCUUAAAGCUCUAGUGGUUCUUGACUUAUCUUCAAACAACAUG